ACAGAAAAAUAAGGAUGACGUUAGGUGACGUUUUGUGUUUUCAUUUUGAUUGAUUUUAGGAUCAUUUGCCAACGCCGAGUAAUUGGAAUACUUAUAAUCUGCGUUACAGAUAUUACCAUAAAACUAUUGAAUACGUGUAAAGUUCAAUAAUAUAUACAAUCAUUGCAAUGAUAUCCGACGUCCAACUUGCUGUGUUCUGCAACGUUUUAGGAGUGUUUCUUUUCCUGUUAGUAGUUGGGUUUCAUUAUAUCAACGCCAACAUGGGCAGAGCUGUAGGUAGUUCGAAACACAAAUGAAGGUCUGAAGGAUUUUACUAGCUAAAAUGAUAAUUGCAUUUCACGAGUAAUUUUUAAUAAUAAGUAUGAUUUAUGUCCAAUAAAAUAACAUGAAGUAAUAUUAGAAAA